AUGCCUCUCCCUCUCUCUUAUCCUGGCCUUAAAUGCGUUUUGGAGAACUUGGAGGCAGUUAAGCGUGUCCAUAUAGUUGGACGUUCUCCAGGCCUUCAAAAAAUAGAUAAACUGAUUCCACUACGUUUGAAGGCUUUCUAUAUUAUGAGGGACCAAAUGACUAUCAACAAUUGGAUAAUUCUAUAUUAUGAAAACUAUGAAGUGAAAUUCUGUUCGGUCUUUGCCAAUCGCAAAACAAUCAGCCGGGAGGGAUCUAAGAGUCUCAAAGACAAAAUGAAGAAAUUGGUCAACUUUUAUUUCUGUGAGAGGAGAGUAAUCCAUGUGGACAAGUUGUGUUGGCUUGACGAUUUGUUCACCGAUUUCUUGCCGGUCGAUAUGAAAUUCAGAGUAAAUUCUUUGAAUGCACCCCAUCAGUUCGAUGCUGCAAUUCCUUUUAUUGACACUCGUAGUUUUCCUCUACAAAUUCUGGACAUUUCGGCUCUUGUCGGUUAUUUUGGUCCUUAG